AUGUCGGCUUCAUCUUAUUAUUUCUCUGAACCUUCAGCCCACAGAGGAGACAGCUGCCACUUCCAGCUGCUGCGCCUCCCCAACGUGAUGGAUGAGCCUCCGUCAGCUCACCUCACACCUACAACUAGCAACCCUGACGAUGUUAACAGUGCAGCUCGAGCCAAAGCUUGGACUGUUGAUGAACAGCUCCAGCCGAACACUAACUUGGUGGCUAAUGGUGGAGAAUUGCAGGCCCAGAUUCAAGCCCUGACGGCUGACAGACGGGUCCUGGCUUGGUACAGAAAAUGUCUCAAAUAUUGUUUCCUCAAACCUGUUUAUCCUUCUUUUUUUCUAGGUGGGCUGUUCAUCAGAAACACCGACCAGGAGUACACGGCCUUUCGACUGGCGAUAUUCCUGCACAACACAAGCCCGAAUGCGUCGGAAGCUCCGUUCAACCUGGUGCCUCAUGUAGACAACAUAGAAACAGCCAACAGCUUUGCUGUCACCAACGCCUUUUGCUCCCAGUACUCCCGCGGUGUCUUCGCCAUCUUCGGCCUGUACGACAAGCGCUCGGUCCACACGUUGACGUCCUUCUGCAGCGCCCUGCACAUCUCCCUCAUCACGCCCAGCUUCCCCACCGAGGGCGAGAGCCAGUUCACGCUGCAGAUGCGGCCGUCCAUCCGGGGGGCGCUGCUGUCCCUCCUCGACCACUACGACUGGAACAAUUUUGUCUUCCUGUACGACACGGACCGAGGAUACGCCAUCCUGCAGGCCAUCAUGGAGAAGGCGGGUGAGAACAACUGGCAGGUCAGCGCCAUCUGUGUGGAAAGCUUCAACGACGCCAACUACCGGCAGCUGCUGGAGGAUCUGGACCGGCGAAAGGAGAAGAAGUUCGUCAUCGACCUGGAGUCUGAGAGACUGCAGAACAUGCUGGAACAGAUCGUCAGCGUUGGGAAACACGUGAAAGGAUAUCAUUACAUCAUGGCGAACCUGGGUUUUAAGGACAUCAACCUGGAGCGGUUCAUGCACGGUGGCGCCAACGUGACCGGCUUCCAACUGGUCGACUUCAGCAACCCCAUGGUCAUCAAGCUGAUGCAGCGCUGGAAUAAACUGGAUCAGAGGGAAUACCCAGGCUCAGACGCCCCACCCAAGUACACCUCGGCGCUGACGUACGAUGGGGUGAUGGUGAUGGCCGAGGCCUUCAGAAACCUGCGCAGACAGAAAGUGGACCUCUCCAGACGAGGGAACGCCGGCGACUGCCUCGCUAACCCCGCCGCCCCGUGGAACCAAGGCAUUGAUAUGGAGCGAACCCUCAAACAGGUCCGGUUGCAGGGAUUAACAGGUAAUGUCCAGUUUGACCAUUAUGGCCGCAGGGUCAACUACACAAUGGACGUGUUUGAACUGAAGAAUAAUGGACCCAGAAGGAUCGGCUAUUGGAACGACGCAGACAAACUGGUGCUGAUCCAGGACUCCCCGCUGCUUCCAAACGACACCACUGGCAUGGAGAACCGCACUGUUAUUGUUACGACCAUCAUAGAGGGUCCCUAUGUGAUGGUGAAGAAGAACUGGGAGAUGUACGAGGGGAACGACCAGUACGAGGGGUACUGUGUGGACCUGGCCUCGGAGAUUGCCAAACACAUCGGGAUCAAGUACAAGAUCUCCAUUGUCCCCGAUGGAAAGUACGGCGCCAGGGACCCAGAGACGAAGAUCUGGAACGGCAUGGUCGGGGAGCUGGUGUACGGGAAAGCGGAAAUCGCUGUGGCCCCUUUGACUAUCACGUUGGUCCGGGAGGAGGUGAUCGAUUUUUCCAAACCCUUCAUGUCGCUCGGUAUCUCGAUCAUGAUCAAGAAGCCCCAAAAGUCUAAGCCGGGGGUGUUCUCCUUCCUGGACCCGUUGGCCUACGAGAUCUGGAUGUGCAUCGUGUUUGCCUAUAUCGGCGUGAGCGUGGUGCUCUUCCUGGUCAGCCGCUUCAGCCCGUACGAAUGGCACACCGAGGAGCCCGAAGAGGGCACCGACGGCCCGCCAAGCGACCAGCCCCCCAAUGAGUUCGGUAUCUUCAACUCUCUCUGGUUUUCCCUGGGCGCCUUCAUGCAGCAGGGCUGUGACAUCUCCCCCAGAUCGUUAUCUGGUCGAAUCGUGGGGGGAGUGUGGUGGUUCUUCACCCUCAUCAUCAUCUCAUCCUACACGGCCAACCUGGCUGCUUUCCUCACCGUGGAGAGGAUGGUUUCCCCCAUCGAGAGCGCCGAGGAUCUGGCCAAGCAGACCGACAUUGCCUACGGCACUUUGGACUCUGGUUCGACCAAAGAGUUCUUCAGGCGGUCCAAGAUUGCCGUCUACGAGAAGAUGUGGGGCUACAUGAAGUCCGCCGAACCUACAGUCUUCACCAAGACCACGGCGGAAGGGGUGGCGCGGGUCCGCAAGUCCAAAGGGAAAUACGCCUUCCUGUUGGAGUCCACUAUGAACGAGUACACAGAGCAGCGCAAACCCUGCGACACAAUGAAAGUCGGAGGCAACUUGGACUCCAAAGGCUACGGCGUAGCCACACCCAAGGGUUCACAGUUAAGAAGUGCAGUUAACCUGGCAGUGUUAAAACUCAAUGAGCAAGGCCUGUUGGACAAAUUGAAAAACAAGUGGUGGUACGACAAAGGAGAAUGUGGCAGCGGAGGCGGUGGCGAGAAGGACAAGUCGUCCCAAGCCCUCAGCCUGAGCAACGUGGCGGGGGUCUUCUACAUCCUGGUCGGGGGCCUGGGUCUGGCAAUGCUGGUGGCCCUCAUCGAGUUCUGCUACAAGUCGCGCAACGAGGCCAAGAGAAUGAAGCUGACGUUCACAGAAGCCAUGAGGAACAAGGCCCGUCUGUCCAUCACGGGCAGCGUGGGGGAGAACGGCCGAGUGCUGACGCCCGACUGUCCCAAGGCCGUCCACGCCGGGCCCCCCAUCCGCCAGAGCUCCGGCCUGGCCCUGGUCUCCUCUGAGCUUCCUUGAAAACCAAAAACCUCUCAAGUGCCUUAAAGCGACGACGACGAAAGACGAUCCACAAGAAGCGAGAAGAACCGGGCCUCAGCAGACGGGGUCUCCUCCGGUACCGUUAGAGGGGCUUCCCUCUGAAACCCGAGGAACAACGGCCAUGUUUUUAUUUUACCGAAGAGUUCUCUCCUGAAAGAGAAAUAUCACGAGAUGUGACGAAGAGGAGGAAUCUGUAAACUUGAACCUGCACAUCGACUGAGCUGUGAUGAAAAGAAUCAAAGACAAGAACUGAGGUUGUCGUCACCAGAGACCAGACUCUGGGAGCGACGCCGUGACCGAAAAAUAUUUGUAUUCAUAAAAACUUCUAUUGAAUAUAUGAGCAAACAUAGAAUACUGUGAAAAACUAGUAAAUAUGUAUAUUCUGACAAAAACCUCUAGCUGUACAUAGACUGCUUGCUUUUUAAACACAUGUAAAUAAAUAUUGUAGUGAACAUAAAGUUCUUUUCUAAAAAAAAUAUAUAUAAAUCAUCUUUUAAUAUUUGAUUCAUCGCAAUAAUAAAAAAGGACGAUGCCACUUGAAGGAGCCGGCGUUGAACUCACCUGUAUUAUAAACUCAAUGUGAAGGGUAUCCACUGCCCACAUCUGAUACCUGUUGCAUUACAAAUUAAGAUUAUAAUCUACGAUGAAUGUUGAUUAGCUCCACCCCCAAUCCUUAAUCCA